UCAGACGCGUCCUGUCUUACAGGUAUAAGACCAUGGGUUUAAACCCUUAUCACAUCCAGUACUUUUGUUUGCUUCCACACAAAGAGGUUUUAAAAAAAAAAACAAAAAAGAGAAAUGUUCUUAUAAUCAUGGUGUUGCAAACGAGACUAGAUUAUGGAUUCAAUGGCUAUGAGGUGCCUCCCACACCUCGAGCUGCAAGAUCCCCAAGAAAGAGUGCUUUCAAGAAGAAAAGCGAAAACAAUCAAAUAUCAUCGUCCUUCGAUUUGUUGGCAGCAGUAGCUGGAAAACUACUUCUUGAAAGUGGUGGGGUUUCUUCUUCCUCAAGUAACAACGCCUCGGGAGAUAAUAAUGAAGAUCAGUGUGGGGGUAAGAAAGAAUCAGGCGAUCAAAUGGUGGUGGGAGAGACUCAUUGUGAUCAUCAUCAUGAUAAUAACGCUGAGAGGAGUUUCUUUGUCUCUGAGAUCCUUCCAAAAGCUCAUGAAAUGGAAAGCUUCAAUAGAUCUCCAAACCCUAAUAAAGAUUUCCUUUUUGGAUCUACCUCUGGUAUAACUUAUGAAUAUUCCUCGGAGAAGCUUGGAACUCAAGAAUUAGCGUAUGAAGAAGCCAAGAUCCACAAUGGUGAUUGUUUUAGGUCAGAUAGUAAUGGAAAGAAACCAAUGCUUGAGAGGCUAAACUGUGAACCAGAGUUAUCAAGGAACAAGGAUAAGCAUCAUAUAGAUAAUUCACUCAAUGGUAUGGAAAAUAAUGAUGGAGAAAACUUCUCAGCCCGUUACGCAACAAAAUCAUUUAGGUCAACACUGCGUGUAGGAGAUGGAAGAGUAAAGAAAGUUAUGUCUUCAAAGUAUUGUAAAGUCUCUUCAAAUCAGAAAGAUACAAUGGUAGCUGGCUCAGACUUGGACUUGAAGCCUGGUUAUUACAGCAAGAAACAUUGUUUCAAAAGCUUAAGAUCAGAGAAGAAGUAUCCAAUCAAGAAAAGAAGAUACUUUGAUGGUUAUACAGCCUCACAGUCAGAAGAAACAGUUAGAAAUGAAGGUCUUUCUGGUUCACCUCGAAAGGCUUUUCUGUCAACCAUAGCUUGUCAGAAGCAGCCAGCUUUACAAUCAAGAGAUUCUCAUGUGAAACUUGGAAUCAAGUCAUUUAGGGUUCCUGAACUUUCCAUUGAAGUUCCAGAGACUGCUACUAUUGGUUCCCUUAAGAGGACAGUCUUGGAAGCCGUAACCACUAUACUUGAAGGUGGAUUACGCAUAGGUGUUCUUGUUCAUGGGAAAAAGGUUAGAGACGACAAUAAAAUGCUUCUUCAGACAGGAAUCUCUCUAGACACUCUUUCAGAUACUUUAAGCUUUUGUCUUGAGACCAAUCCUCCACAAUCCACAAAACCACUUUCUCCUAAAGAUUCUGAUUAUAUGCGUCCGUGUUACGUACCUCACACUAUAACUAGGUGUCUCCCAUCACUAGGGAAACAUGCUAAACCAAGUGACUCUGUUGAAAGUGACCUUGACUCCAAACCCUCUUCACCAUUUAGGGCUAAACCCGUCUACUCCAGAGCCUUGAUUCCUGUCUCUCCUCCUCUGCAUGCUCAGGCUUUAAACGUAGUCCCACCUCGGAAACCUAAGCGAUCUGAGGUGGCACAGCGUAGAAUACGUCGACCUUUCUCUGUUGCAGAAGUAGAGGCGCUUGUUCAAGCUGUGGAAAGACUUGGGACCGGAAGGUGGCGUGAUGUAAAGCUGAGAGCUUUUGAUAAUGCAAAGCACCGGACUUAUGUUGAUUUGAAGGACAAAUGGAAGACGCUGGUGCACACAGCGAGAAUAUCACCGCAACAAAGGAGAGGUGAGCCAGUUCCACAGGAGCUCUUGGACCGGGUACUAAUGGCUCAUGCCUACUGGUCCCAGCAACAGGGGAAACAGCAGUUGCUAGAGGGACCUCAGAAUCUUGAGACCAGUCUUGGUCUAUAGACCGGGGGAAAAUGUCAUCUUCACGGCGUGAAAGUGGACGUAUGAAUCAGAUUUUUUUCUUCUUUCAUAUAUACUUAAUUAUUUGUUUAUUUCUUUUGUUAUGUCAUGUAUCUGAAAAGAAUCAUUGUAUAAGAAAAAAAAGAGGAAUGGAAGGUGGUGAAGAGAAGAUAAUAGAGAUGAAGAUAUGUGAAAUCUUUGUGUAAUUGUCACAGUGCUUGGUUAUAUAAUAACAUGUUUACUCCUUUUGUUGACUUACAAAUUAUAUUAGAUCAUUGAGAUACUUUAUCCAAGGAAUCGUGUCUUACAUACUAUUCAAGUUUAUGGAUUUUAUCAACACAUCCGUCGUAUAGCAUCAAAAGUUGUCUAAAUUUGCAUGUGAAGAAAGUGGAAUAUGUUGAUGAGAUAAUACAAUAUAAACUUCAUUUGUUACGUUUCAUAGACAUGUGGACCAAGAUAGACAUGUAGCUUCGUGAUUUGUACUAGUUUUUUUUUUUGUUUUCCUAGUAAAACGUAUAUGGUUUAACCCAAAAAAUCAAUAGGGUGGUUGAGAUAAAAAUGUGUACAAGCAAGCAUCAUUGAGAAUGAAUGUGUUGGAGUUGAUAACAAAACAUACAGAAAAGUUCUUGUGAUAUAAUGCAAAACCAUCGAGUAGUCUCAAUACACAUGGCUGGGAUAGCUAUAGAAGCAAAGAUUCCACGACAAGAACAAAAGGUUAAAGAGUUUAUACGAGGAAAUAGAACAUAAUAUAUGCACCAAUAAUGAUUUCGCUUUGGCAUUUUCCGAUGGCUAGCACACACUUUUUAGACGCAAAAUCAAAGAGAGAACAUGAUGGAAGAUUCUUUAGGGAUCUCAUCUCAUCGUCGAUGAAUGGAGAGAAAUAAUUGGAGAUGUCAUUUUCACAACUCCACAUCUUUAUGAAAAGUCCACACCAUUGAGUUAAAUCCUUUUGGAUCGAUUUGUUUUCAUGUGGCUAGGAUUAACCCAAUGGGAAUAGAAAGUAUACGUCUCAAUAGAGCGCAUCCAUCCAAAGUUAAAUGUUAAAUGAUAAAAUCAUGGUCGUCACUGUAAAAAAAUAGAUUAUUUGUUUUGUUUAGUCAAAAGUAAAAACAAUAAAACAGUGAAAAUUGUUGUCUGGAUACGGAAAGAUUCUCAUUCAGACAUGAGGAAAUUUCGUGAAUCGACUGAUUGCCGUCAGACAAAGAAAAAUCAAAAAGGGCAUAUUAUUUUAUUAUUAUCCUCUCAUUAUUUAAUUAAUUAAUUUAUAAUAUCUUCUUUACAGUAAAAACAAUUAAUCUCACAUCACUGCUUCUUCUUAUCUUUCAUUUGCUCCUCCACUCUCUUCAUUCUCUCUCUAAAGUCCAAACCUUUUCCCCUAGCUCAAGCUUCUUCUUCUUCUUCCUUUGGUCACCUAAACCCACAAAGAGG